GGAGUUAUAAAGCGUCAAGUCAACCUGGAAUUACACUCUCCCGGAUGUAAACUAACAAAGAAUAAUAAUAUUAGUGGUAACAACAGUAAUUUGACAUGGUGUUUUGAGGAUCCGGUAUUUAAAGCUGAUGAAGCACAGGUAUUUCUUUCGGGCUGAUAAAUAAAUGAGCUUUGUUGAAAAGACCAGUGCUAAACGUGACUCGACUUUCGAAAACAAGCUGGGCAGAUAAUUAAAAUUACUGGCGGAAAUUUCAUAAGAGAAAUGCGUUUUCGUUGAGAGAAAAGGGGCACAUCCUGUUUUCUUCAUUACGGACCCAGUGGUAUAUCAAGAAGCAGAUUUGUGAUUUCUGCGAAUUCUUGUGAAACUUACUUGACUCUGUUAAUUAAAAUAACUCUCUGUGAAAUUCAAAAGGAUUAAACUAUUUCUGAUGAGUUUUUUUGUCAUUUUCAGGCUUGGAAGUGGUGCCUUGUGCCUCUUUUAAUCUACAUAAUGGAGCGACUCACUCGGACUUUCAGGAGCUUGCAAAACGUGGAUCUUCUUCAGGUGAUAAAAACAGAACGUCUCCUGCCACUUUUGGGUCGCGCGUUUAAAAUGACAUUCUCCCUCGUUUAACUAAUCUUGUAACAAAAUCUGUUUGUUUGUUUGUUAAUUAUCUCUUAAAACUUGUUAUAGGUUUUUCAACAUACGGAUGGAGUCGUGGAAGUAAAGAUGAGCAAACGUAAUUUUAGUGCUGCUGCGGGACAGGUAAUGUCACCAUCUAUCCAGGUGGUCUUCCUUGUCAGAUAUCUAGAAUAUAUAGAUUUUAUUUAAAAAAAUUAUUGACGAGAAUCAUUUAUCACUUAAAAUAAUACAGUUAAAAAUGAACUCUGAUUUUAUUUCACGUUGUUUUAUUUUAGUAUGUCUUCAUUAAAUGUUCAGAUGUGUCUGCAUUCGAGUGGCACCCGUUUACCCUGACUAAGGUGAGUAAAUCAGCUGCUGUCGCUUUCAUUUUUUAUUGGAAACAAUCAACUGCUGGACGAUCAUAGGAUGGUGGUCUUGUUUGUGACCUUCCUGUUUCAGGCUCUGUAUAAAACUAAUCAAACAUCUUCGUCAAUUCUAGAGUUGUAACCGUUUUAGGUAAAGAGAACUACGACUGCCAAAGAAAACGUUAAUCUUUUGCAACGGAACCUGAACAACCAAUCUUGACUUAUAAAAGUAAUCCAUUUAAAGGACCGUUCUGGCCUUGCACAAACCACUGCCGUUUAACUAAUGCGUUGUGGUGCAGGUAGUCUUUAAUUUUUAUUCUUUUUACAGUUUAUCUUUCUUGUAAAAGGCUUGUACACAUUACAGUGAGCAAAGUGUUGGGUACACUGAUUCAACGUACCUCACUCAGUUACGUCGUAUUUCUCACUACAGUGUCCUGUGUCGGAUGAUCCCUCAUUUUCCAUUCACUGCAAGACUCUGGGAAAUUGGACUGGUAAGUAAAAAAGCAAAGCGACUAAAAACAAACAAAAAACAUGAAAUUUUAAAUAAUAGAUUGAUACCUAAUGACCCAGGAAGUCUCACGGCUAAUUAUUCAUCGUAAUUUUCCUAGAGAAAUUUACGGACUUAUUGCUUCAAGCGUCAGCAGAAGAAGAUAAGAAAAGCUUCAAUUGUGGAAUAGAAAAUGGAAAAUCCUUUUCUAAUCUGACAUCCCAGAUAAAGUAG